ACUGAAAGCUUCAAGAAGCCGAGUUUGCAGUGAUGUGACAACUGACAAGUAGCAAUUGAAUGUUCGGUUCCAAAGAUUAUGGUAGAGGUUUUUGAGGUGAAGUUCUCUGAUUCUUCACUUGAAGAUAGAAGCGUCACGUGAGCGUAGGCGUGGCAAACAAACACUCUAAUCCAUCCAAAGGUUCAAGCUAAGAAAAUUGAAACUCAAAAGGCACGUGAGCAGCUGAGCAGAUGGAGUGGGAAACAAUAUUCUUUUUGUGUUUCCUCUUGUGUAUUCCAUGAGAUUACUGGUAUAGUGGUAUGGUAUAAAACCAGAAUGGCAGAACAUCAUCUCUUUCUGUAUUUUGGAUGUUAAUUUCGCUAACGCCAUCUCACUUUUGCUUCUUAGCUAGAAAAUAUAAUAGAACACGAGAAAGGAGUGAAUCCCAAAAUGACAGCCACUUGGACUUGUCAAAAGUACACAAAUCCUUACUUCUUAUGUAACAAUCCAAAAACCCAAGCCCAAACUUUUUUCGAGUAUAAAGGGAAGUCCGUCAAGUCUAUGGUCUGUUAAAGUCAAACCUAUAAUUUUUUUCUAAUAAAUAAAAGCUUAUUUUCCAUGUUUUCACAUCAGAAAAAUCAGAAUUAAUUCUAGCAGAGAUUUCCAGUUCUCUUCUUACGUCUUGUAUCAUGUUUGGUGUGGGAAUUAGGGUGUUAGAGUUAUUGUUAUUAGGUUGAUAGAUCACAACAGAUGUCUAAGAGAAGCUCUAAUCCAUGCCGCCUCCUUCAACCUUACUCAAAUAUGUUUCAGAAUAGACUCUCAAGUGCUCCUCAGAACAAUCACCACGGGAAGAAGAUCUUCAGACCUCUUUGGAGUACUCUAGGACGUCAACUCUCUGGUUCUCUCUCCGGCAUCACCCUUUCUUCUAUGUUGUUUCAAUUUUAUUCUCCGAACAAGCAACGGGCCAGCCAACAUUAUUGCUGAAGCCUGCUUAUCUUUGUAUUUGGGUCCUGACUCAUAAACCUAUUUUUGAAUUAAUAUUAAUCGGUCGAUCAAAAAAAAAAAUGACAACAGAUAUAACCAAAAUGAUAAAUAUAAUUUAAUAACAUAGAUCGUCAAAUCAAUUUUUUUUUUAAAAGUUCCACAGUAUACUGCUACAAACCCUACAGUCUAUUCAAAGAUUUUUGGGCCGGAUAUUUCAGUGACCUAUGUCCAAUACUUAUAAUGGGAACGCGUUUAUAAAUCUUGUAAUAUUUUUGUAUUACAACAACUAAAUACUAAAGUUUAUUAGUUAGGUGGAAAUAUAUGUUUCUGAAAAUUUUAGUUAAAUGAUUAACAAUUUCAUUCAACGAUUCGAAGAAAAGUUAUAAAUGAUAAAAGGAAUAGACGGACCAGUCCGAAUCUAAGUUCUCUUGCAAAAGGUUGUAUUGAGGAGACCAAGUUUCUGGUUGUAGUAUUAAACUAAACCAAGGUACGUAAGUCAUCAAUCCAAUUAAAUAAACCCACGUCAGCUUUAUCCCGCGAAAAGAAGAUACGAGUCACACGUGAUGUUUGUUGUUCCUUCGUUCUCAUUUCUUAAAAACGCGGGUUUGCUCCAUUUGCCGCAUCAAUACGACCAAGUCGCUUUUCUAGGCUUCUUUUUAAUUGUUUUUUUCUUUCAUGGAGGGUUUCUCUCUUUGCUGUCUUUUGAUACCUUUUCAAUAUUCUCUACGUUUCGUAUGCCUUAUUUUAGAAUACAUACGCCUCUACAUACACAUAUACACAAUUCUGUAUAUAAAACAAGAAAUAACGCCUGCUUCACACAUUUAUCAAUACCUGAAAUAAACAAAAAGGAGAUUCGAUCAAAAAACCAAAAAACAACAAAAGGAGAACCCCAAAUAAAGAGAAAACCUGCGGAACAAAUUCUCAAAUCAUCAAUGGCCAAGAAAGUGAGAAAGCUUCACGUAUCGGUGAAGCCGGUGCGGCUCCACGGUUUACCGGUUGUUCUCGGAGGGGAAACGGUAGCAAAGAAUGUUUUUGCGAUGGUGGAGUUGAAAUGGAAAGGACCGGUCUCUGGUUUCGGAUUGGGGCUCGUCCCUUUCUAUCGGUCAAACCGACCCGCCAACCACACGACCUCUAAACCGAUUGCUUUGGGCGCAAGCCAUGUGGAAUGGGAGGAUGAGUUCGAACGGGUUUGUUGCAUUGUUGGCCCGUGGAACCUUUCCUUCACUGUCUUUUACGGGGAGACUAUAGACGCAAAAAACAAAAAGGCUAUCGUCGGAAAAGCGUCGUUGGAUUUGUCGGAGUUACCUUCGAAACUUGAAUCAACGGUGGAGAGAAAGCUUCCGAUUAGGUCAAAGGGUUUACUUUGGAAGGAAGCAACCCUUGUGGUCAACGUGACUUUUUCUCAAGUAAGAAACGAACCGGACGACUUUACCCAACUCGGUCCGGUAACGGUUGACUCAGCGAUUACGACGAAUAUGCCAAGUCGUCGCGGCGGAAUGGACUUCGAUUCCUCUUCCUCACCGGCCACCGCUUCAAAUUCCGGCGGAGUUAGCCCAAUUCUAGGAACGGGGUCGAAUUCAAGCCCGGAGAACCAAUCUGAACCGGGUCAUAAAGCCGGGUUUAACUGGUGGAAGAGACGACGGUUAAGCUUUUCAAUGACCUGGAGAAGAGAACCGGUAAUCAUCCGGUUUAGCAAAUUUCAAAAACCAAAUGUGAUUUUAUAUCCUAACCGGAACCGGUUUAUUUUUUCGCAGAGAGAGGAAGAAAGUACAACAAAGACACCACCGUCGGCGGCGACGGAAUCAGAAAAGCCGGCGACGGAGUUAUCGUUCGAGCCGAACAGAUGGGUAGCAAAGGAUCUAUCGAGCCGGGACGGAAAAUCGAAGCUGAGAUCGGAAGUCUACACGGCGUCGAUCGAUCAGAGAAGCGAACAAGCCGGCGGAGAAGCAGCCUGCGCGGCGGUUGCGGUGGUGGUUGCUCACUGGUUCCAAGCGAAUCCUCGGCUAAUCAAUCCCUCGGAAACGGAAUUCGAUUCGCUGAUCACGCAAGGAUCUUCCUUAUGGCAAUCCCUCUCCGACGAAGAGUCUUAUCUGACGCUGUUCCCGGACAGACAUUUCGAUCUGGAGACGGUCGUAUCCGCCAAGCUACGGCCGGUUAAGGUUUGUACCGAUAAAUCGUUUACCGGGUUUUUCUCCCCGGAGAGGUUCGCUUCGCUGGAGGGUUUAAUGUCGUUUGAUCAGAUCUGGGACGAAGUGGAGAAAGAGGUAAGGGCUGCGUCGGAGAUUGGGGAGGCUAGGGUUUAUAUUAUGAGCUGGAACGAUCAUUUCUUUGUGGUGAAAGGAGAUAUAGAAGGGUAUUGUGUGAUUGAUUCGUUAGGGGAGAGACUGUUCGAAGGUUGCAAGCAGGCGUACAUUCUCAAGUUUGAUGAUUCGAGUUUGAUGUAUGAGAAAGAGAAAUUGGUUUGUAAAGGUAAAGAGUGUUGUAGAGAGUAUAUAAAGAGGUUUCUUGCGGCGAUUCCGGUGGCGGAGUUGGCGGCAAAGGAGGAGAAAGGGGAUGCUGAUGUGUCUCUUCUUCAUGAGAAACUUCAGAUUGAUUUGCAUCAUAUUAUGUUGAUUGGUGACUAGAGAUUUGUUGUUCUCUUUGGUUAGUGUAGAUUUGUUAGGAUUGUGAGAUUAGAGAGAGAGUAUUUUGUACAUAUGGUUCGUUAUAAUUCUCAGCUUAAGUGUGUUGGGGAAAAAACUAUAAGAAGUUUCCAUUUGUCUUUGGUGUUGGUAACUAGAAUCCAAACAUGGUUUCUACCUUUUGUCUUGUUUGGAGUAAUGAAAGGUAGAACAGAGUAAGGAUUGUGGGAUGAGAAGCAAAACAAAGUGUAGCUUAGGUUUCAUAUGGAAGUGCUGAAGCUCUUAUGGUAGAGUGUAGAAUCCAUGAAAAGUGGGUUCAUGGUAAAAUCACUCACGGUUGAUAAGAUAUGGCAUUUUAAUGCGUAUAUGCCAUGGCUGGCUCUUUGGUUGGUUGAAUAGUGUGAUUGGUCGACUUCCGGGUUCAGUGACUGAUUUGAUGGUCCCAUCAGUAUAGGACAAUAGUAGGAAUCCUUCAAUACCUCUUUCAACUAGAUAUAUUUCUCACUGUUAACAAACUAUAUCAACUCAUGUAUCAACCUACAAAGUGUGCUAUUGGCAUGCUAUCAAUUGACUUCUAAGAUAUCAUAACAGUUCCAGUUCAAAGGCCCGACUAGAGCUUCAUAAGGUUGUGGCUCAAGCAGUGCCGGUCCUGAAAUAUUUCGGGUCCAAUACGAAACCAAAAAUAUAAACCCUAUCUAAUAAAUUAAAAAUUUAAAUUAUUAAAGUUCUAAUUUACAUUUAAGAAUUACAAUAUCCUUAAAAUUUAUAAAAGUAUCAAUUCUGAAAAUUAUCUUUCUAUUUCAUUUUAUAUAAGAGAGUGAAAAAAAAAUUAAACAUUUAUCAUGUUAUAUGUUCAAAACACGUCCUAAAACUGAUUUUUCCUUUCAUAUGCUAAUAAUAAAAACAGAAAAUGCAAACCCAAAAAACCUAUACAAUUUGUAGGCCCCAUGCAAAUGUUUCUUAGGUAUCUGCUCAAGCCCGGGCCUGGGAUCAAGAUCCGGCUAUGGCUAAAGCUCGGGCUCUUGUUCGAGCUGCAUUGUGAACUCUGGCUCUUGUUGUAUCUAGAAAUUUUGACAAACUUCAGCUAAAGCAUAUUCAAGGGAUUGGAUCUAAGCAAAACAUUGACUCAAGUCAGUGUGCAUGGAGAUGGCUCUUUUAGAUGUUGUAUUAUAGACAAAUAGGAGCAAUUCAGUUCUUUAUGACCCAUAUAUGUGGGCGGCGGAACUCUUGCUCUAGUUGUGAAACUAGAGUUUUUGGCCAAACAACUUACGUCUAUAUGACUAAUUUUUAUUUUGGGGAUUUCUUGUCUUUAUAUACUAAACAUUGUAGAUUUAUUCAUAUAAUAUAUAGCUUUUUAGCUAACAUUAAAUAUCUGUAACGGACCAUAGAAUCAAGGCCGACCCUAAAUAGAAGUUGAUGAAAUAUGUGUUUCAGGGUUGGCCAACCUUAAUAUUUUUGGGGACCGACUAAUGCAACAUGUAUUUUGUAGCUCUAUUGGUAAAGAUAUAAUGUAGACUGAGCUGCAUCAACUAUUUCAUUAACCGAUAAAUUGGUACACAAUUUUUGACCACACUAGUUUAACCACACAUACAACAAUACAUUUUAGCAACACCUUGGAACACUCACUAGGUGAUUUCUCACUCGGAACCAGCACAACCUAAAAUACAUUGCUACAUUUUUCACCACUGCGAAAACGAGUUUAUUCCAAAACCCGAGAUAAACCGCCCCUUAAACUUUAAUUUAGACCACACGAUACGACAACAGAGAUUAAACUAGAGGACCAUGACACUAAAUCGGUUUUAAUUUCGAACUAAACCCUUGGUCUACUAAAAAUCAGACCAAAAAUCAGAAUUUAGCCCGUGACUCUGCAUAGACUGAGCUGAGUUUAAAUCUCCAAAAUUUGGUUUUUAGUAUUUUCAUGUUUUUAUAAACGGUAGGGCCAAAAAAAUUCGUGCUUUUGGGCCGAAAUAGAUCAGGCCUGACUGCAUAGAAUGAUGUUAUUUUGGCAUUAUAUAUUUUCUGUAACAUACCUUGACGAAAGGAGGAAUAUAUUAUUGUCUCGAAAACUAAAUUUUUAUUUCAAUCAAAUUCUGAUGUUCAUAAACAAGAUGGUCAACUGAAAGAGCCGAGCCCAAUCCUUCCCAAAAUUAGUCAAGCAUUUAUUAUAUAGUACGUAUCACAUGAUUGUCCGGCGGUGAUAUUCAUUUAUCCAGAAAAGUGACCUGGUUAUAUAAAAAUAAGACACCCUGACGUGAGUUGGGCAUGAAGAGACUCCAGCUUUCUUUGCCCAUAAUUUAAACGACUGAUCGUUGAUACAAAAGGGUCACAUCCUAGCUGUCAAUAUAUAAUAACCUCAUUGGGUCACCUACUUUUUGGUCUAACAGAGACUUCCAUGGACUUUAAUCUGUUAUAGGACAAAUGGGCGAAAAAAAAUUUACAACCACCAAAACUAAUCUAUGUGGGACAAUAAUUAAAAAAUUACAAGAUUGCCAUUAAUGAAAGAAUAAUAUGAGCCAUUCGAUUAUCUUUUCUCUCUUUAAACCAGAGCCGUCAGAUCAUAAGGAAAGAAAAAAAUAUGAUAUUUACGAAAAUGCCAUUAAUGAAAUAUCAACCAUAGCCGUUAGAUCAUCUUGUCUACGAUUUAAUUUCAGCCACACGAUUACAUCUAUAUUUCCUUCUCUCUCUUCACUCUUAAUCUCAACCGCAUGAUCAUUUAUUCCUUCUUCAAUUACAGCCAUAGGAUCAUCCAUAUCUCAUUCAUUAAUUCGAGUGGGUAUAACUAGUAUAACUCGUACAACUGAACAUGUGAAGAAAUUUUAUAACUAGUAUAUAAAUGUUAUAAUCUAUAUAUAAUAUGUAGCUACUAUAAUUAACCCGACUAUUAAAUCAUGUUUUACAUGUAAAAUAAACAAACAAAUAUACUAAUUUGUAUAUGAUGACAAAAUUUCAUAUAUUAUAUUUGAGAUUUAUAAACUAUAUUAGCCAUAUUAUUAAGAUAAAAAAAUAUCAAACAUAUUUUUGCAAAGAUAUAAAGUUAAAAUAUUGGUACAAUCUCUAAGCCUAGACAUAUAAAC